AUGCGACGAGGCAACGACGCUUAUCAGAAGCCUCCUCCUUCCGGGGGGUACUAUUACUCUCGCGUGGGAGCUGGACCCCCCUCUAGUGCUCCGUCACCGUCGAGUUCACAUCGACAUCCUUCCCAAACACACAUGCCUUAUCACGACAUGUCGAAUGUUGCACCGCCACGUUCAAUGAUGGGAUCACGUAUCGAUGACGUGACGCCAUCCUACUAUGUCGAGCAUCUGGCGACGUUUGCUGUUGGACGCCAGUUCGGGCUCACAUUCCCUGCUGAUGGCAUUCGCAAACUCAAACAAAUGGAGAAGAACUCGGCCAUCUGGGCUCAGCCGUUGGUGCUGAGAUUCCGACAGAAUGGCGUCACUGUCGAGGACGAAAACGGGUUUGGUUGA